UACAAUUUAGUUCAAGAUAAUAAUAAUAGUUGAAAGUGAAUAAACAAAAUCGAUAUGUCGGAGAAUGCCACAGCCAGCAAUUUUCGCAGUCCCGUGGUGGCUGAACCUAUUUUAAUGCCCCCCACUAUGGGUGCGGGUGGUGGUGAUAUGGGCAUGUCUAGUUUGGGUUCAGAUGCCAUUUUGAGAACUCCCGCUGGUAAUGUACGGUCUUUGGCAGCACCUCCUUUGCCCAUGGCUCCCACUUCACAAUAUUCAUCUGCCGGUAUGGGUGGUGGUGCUUAUGCUGGAGGUUAUGGUGGCUACGGUGGGGGCUUUGGUAGUUAUGGCGGAGGCUAUGGUGGCUUUGGUUCCAGUUAUGGUGCUGGUUAUGGAGGUUUUGGUGGACUAGGAAGUUAUGGCGGCUAUGGUGGUGGCUAUGGAGCUUAUAACCGUUUUGGCAUGUCUGGUGGUGGCAUGAAUCCUAUGGAUCCGGAGGCCCGUUUUAUACAAUUAGCAGAAGCUAGUUCAAGGCCUGCCUUUCAGAGCAUAGAAUCUUUAGUAUCAGCUAUUGGCAACAUCGCUUCUAUGUUGGAUUCUACUUUCUUUGCCUUAACCAGCUCAUUUAGAGCUAUUCUGGGAGUAGCUGCCAAUUUUGGACGUUUGAGAGGUGUGUUUGCACAAUUUUGGUCUACUUUUGCCAUAUUCCGAUGUCUAACAUGGAUCUACAGAAAAAUUCUCUAUUGGCUGCGCAUCUCUAACUUGGACCCCUCCUCGGAGUCGUUUAAGAAAGCUUUUGCUGAAGCCUUGAAUGAGUCUUCAAGCCAACAACAGGGUGCUCCCAAGCUGCCACGCAAAGGUCAAUCUCCUUGGCCAGUUUUAGCUUUCCUUAGUUUCAUAUUUACGGCUCCUUAUUUGAUUAUGAAACUAUUGGGUACUGUUACCAAUACUGCACAGGAAGAAG